AUGUCUACAUCAUCUAAUAAUAGUAAUACUAGUUCAGGAACAAUAACAUUGAUAUUAACAGCACUAUGGAGGAAAACGCGUCGAAAAGAUGCAAAAGAAUCUUCACCACCUAUUGGAGGAGAAGAUAAUGAUAGAUCAACAGCUGCGGCAUCAAAUCAACAUAAUUCAACUAUAAAUAGUCAAAAUUUGUUACCAUAUUUACGUCCAGAAUAUGCUGUAUUUACCAGAGCAGUAUCAGAAUCAAAUAUUGCUGAAUUAAUUAGGCAACCAGCUGGAGUAGAUAGAAAUGAAUGGAUUGCAUCGAAUACUGUCUCAUUUUUUAAUCAUGUUAAUUUAUUGUAUGGUGCAAUGUCUGAUUAUUGUACUCAAUCCACAUGUCCUGUAAUGACUGGACCACAAAACAGUCAGUAUUAUUGGUAUGAUGAACGUAGUAAAAAAAUUAAAUGUUCAGCACCACAAUAUAUGGAUUAUGCAAUGAUGUAUAUACAACGACAAUUAAAUGAUGAAACAAUUUUUCCAACAAGAUUAGAUCAAUCAUUUCCAAUUAGUUUUGAUGUACAUGUUCGUAAAAUAGUUCGUUAUUUAUUUCAUUGUGUUGCACAUUUAUAUUCAUCUCAUUAUCGUGAUUGUGUUUCAAUACAUUUACAUCCACAUUUGAACAGUUUAUUUCUACAUUUUCUAACAUUUCUAUUUACUUUUCACAUAAAUGGAUCAAAUUCAUCAACAACAGUAGAUAGUGUAAAUAAUUUAACAACAACGAGUAAUCAAUUAUUACAACAAGAUAAUAAUAAAAAUGAUUUAAAAUCGGAUAUAGAUACUUUGGAUAUGCUCUAUCAAUUAUUAGCACAUCAAUGGAAAGGAAUUUAUCAACAAAAAUUAGAAGAAAAUAUUAAUAAAACACCAAUAACACCUCAAAGUCAAUCAAUUAAACCACAAUCACUUCGUAAAAAUCCCACAACAUCAUCAUCAAAUUUUCUUUAUGAACAACAACAACCACAAACACAUCAUACAACGUUAUCUCUUCCACGAAGUACAUCAAGAAGCGGUGAUAGUUUAUCAAAUGCAAACAGUAAUGUUACAUUGGUAUCACAUGAAUAA